UCAGCAAGUCUACGAAAGCAAAAUACGGUCCUCCUCCUCCUUCACAUGGCUCAUGCAAAGGAGGGUUUAGGUUUGCCUUUAAAAGCUGAAGAGCGAAACAGCGAGCACACAGUCAGCGGGCUCCGCGUCUGAUACACGUUCACUUUAACCGAGAAGUGUUUGUCUGAGGGGACAUCACCGACCAUGAGCUCCUCACGCGGCGUGGGACUUUAUUUGACGCUUUCCCUCGCUCUUCUGUGCGACGCGUUAGCAGACCCUCCUGCUCCUCAAAGAGAAAGUACUGACACGCUGGCUGAUGAAGAUCAAUUUCAGCGAGAGCUGCCACUUACUCAUGAGGAGCUGGAUUAUUUGAUGCUACAGAGACCAAUCCUUCCCGACCUUUCCAAAGUGAUGGUCUCUUUAGACAUGACCCAGAGAGAAGCCACAAACUUUCACGCCGGGGAUGUCCCAAUAGGUCGCCCAGUGUUUGGCCCUCGCUCCAUGGGACCCAGGACGGGUCCAGAGGUUGAUUUCCCGCCAGCCCUUCCAAAUGCUGGCAACCUGCAAGAUAUCUGUCGGUUCAGCAAAGCUCCGGUCCGGUACCCUAAAGACACGUUUCCUCAGGAUGGCUUUGGCCAUUUGCAUCGUCAGGCUGAUGCUAUCAAUCAGCUCCAGUCCUGGUACAGCGUCUGCUGUGGCCUCAACGGAACACCAGAAGAGCAAAUCUGUUGCGCUGAACAAGCGUGGAAGAAGCGUCUGUCUGCCUUCUGCACUGAGGAAUUCUCUAUUAAGACCAGUCACUACUUCUGCUGUAAGAAGAAGGGGAAGGCCAGGUGGAGCUGUUUUGAUAAAGAGGCUUCAGAUACUUCAUAUCACGUCGUCUCCGAAGACUCAAAUGCCAACACUCAAAAGAUUCAAGGCUUCAAAUUUAACCCCAGUGCUUGCAAAGGCUCAUUGGUGGCUUCUCCAAAAGCUCUUAUGAAGCAGACAGCAGUUCCAUCCAUCAGCUUUCCACCCGGCCGCCCCGAUUCCUCCAACAUAGCGCACAUCUGCGCUCACCACAAGAUGCGACCUCGAUACGUGCCCAAGUGUCUUCCUCGCACCGGCUACGGCUGGCUGGUCCGGCAAUCGAAGGCAAUCAAUAUCCUCGAGAGAGAAUACAACCAGUGCUGUAAGGAGAAAAGGGGCGAACAACGCUGCGCAGAAAAGAAGUGGAAGAGGAUGGUGGAUAGGUUUUGUAAAGAUGAGAAGAAAGCCAAAGGAAGGCAGUUUGAGUGUUGCGGAAAGAAGAAGGGGGAAGAGCUGUACUCCUGUUUUGCAGUUUCUGCUCCAGAUCCAGAAUAUAGAUCCACUGAAGGAGAACUCAGCCCUCCUUCUGCUCCUCCAACCCUCCAGGAUUUAUGCCAUACGCAUACGGCUAUUCAGAGCAUGAAGGGUUUCCCUUUUUCUGUGGAUCAAAUGGUUGAUCGGUGCUGCCCUCUAGUGUUAGAGGAGAGACCUGCAUGUAUAGAGGCAGAGCUCGACAUGCACCUGAAUGAUGUGUGUGAAGCGGAGCUGGCGAAACCUCAUUGCUGUGCACCCAAAAUCAAAAACCGUGUCAAAUGUGCCACAAAGCUGCUCCUGCGCUAUAUCGGCAAGGCGGAUAAAGACAGCAGGAGGAAGAACUGCCCUCAGCUUCUGUUGGUCUGAGUCAGACAGAACCCCUGAUGCUGUGACCGCGGAUCGGUUUUCUACAGACGUUUCAAUAUAUGUACACUUGAGCUGAACAAAGUAAUAUAUGUACACUGUGCAAACCGUUUUGUUAGUCUUCUAUGCAGUUUUAUUGCAAAAUCUCUUUUUACAGAUUAGCAAGAGACAUUUUUCAGCAUUUUUAUAUAUAUAUAUGAAAAAACUGCUUGGACAGUUCAAAAUGUUUUGUUUACAACGUUUCCCCUCUGUUCCCAAAAUGACCACAAAUUAUUAUAUGUAUAUAAGAUAUAAAAAUAAAAAGUCUUCUGUAAUUGGA